AUGCUGGUCAUCCCGUUGUGGGUAAUAUGCCUGUUGAGUGGCGGGGGAGUCGUUGCCCAGAUGCAGGCACAAGUCAAGAUCUCGGAGCAGCCAUUCCCAGUUUCAUCAGCAACUCAACUAAAUGAAAUAGUGUGGACAAUGGUCGGCCGAAGUUCCAGUAAUACUAUUUAUUGUGUCUCUGACCAUCCCGUGAGUCAACUACGCUUUGUUUGCGUAGACUGUCCGCAGAAGAACAUCACGGACAUCGUUAAUGUUCUGAAUUCAGCCCAGGAUAUGACAAGGACGGCUGGAUUCCCCGUAAGUCAAGGAGUUUAUUAUAGUUCACAUCCUUUGAAAGAAACAUAGCUAUUACGAAUGUUUUGAAGGAACAAUCAGCUGACCUGUGAGAGCGAUUGACCUUUCGAGGCCUAUACAAACAUUCCACCCUGCCGAUUAAUAAGAAGAGUUACCUGUAAAUAUUUACAGACUGUCGCGUUGAGAAACGUAGAAGCCAAUCCAUCCUGGUCUGGGGCCACGAUUAUCUGCCAAGCCGCCCUCUCAACUGGACUCAUUGAUUCUGCCCCGGCCCAAGUCGUGGUCAGAUAUCUUCGUCAAGUCCACGUGGUAGAUGCAAACGGUCAAGGGCCUGUAGUUAUACCCAACCAAGGACUUCAUUUUUAUGUUGAGUGUAUUCGAGGGCCGGAUAACACUUGUAAUCCAGGGAGAAGAAAGACCCUGAGGUGCUCAAUCCAAGCGAAUCCACCAGCCACAACAUUCAGAUGGAUGAAGAAUGGUAUCACGAUUAAUAAUGAUGGCCCCGAGCUGUCCAUUGGAGUGGAAAUGAUCGGUCAAUCGAUCCAAUGUUCGGCCAAUAACGGCCUUUUCGAUGAGAAUGGGCUGUCCUCGGAAGCCGUCUCCAUUGAUCCCUAUUGUAAGCUCAUUCUUAUUUAGACCUGAUUUAGAAUAUGAGUGCUAUGAGAUGACUAUCAUAAUUUUUUAGCUGCAGCAAGAACUGUUCAGGACAACUUCCAACAAGUCCUGACAUCUCCCCCUUUCCAAGGCGGCCCUCAGGUCGCCAUGGAUCAGGUUGUGAAACUCUCAUGCACAGUUGAAGCCAAUCCCCGACCUAUUGUCUAUUGGAAAUUGCGUCAUCCCAACAAUCAAGUGGUCGAUGCAGCGUGUGGCCAAGGUCUGAACGGUGUCUAUAAAGAGAUCCCUGGUCCUCUGCCUGCCAAUGUGGUUCGAUUGAACUCAAUCUGUGAACUCCGAGUGAGCAAUUAUUCUUAUUCUGGUCAAUAUUGGUGUUCGGCUUGUUCAAUCGUAUCUCAAGGAAUUCCUGAAUGUUCACCAAGUCUGGAAGUACCGGGCGAGAGGACUAUUAGUGUGCAAGUACAAGGUCCUCCGAUGGCCUCUGACGUUGAGCCCACCGUUGAGCAAUACGAAGAAGGGGCCGUUGUCACUGUCCACUAUUGCGCUGACCCAUCUCCUCAACCGCCUAGAGAGAUAGUAUUCUCGAUCGAUAACAAUGACAUCUUUGUUGGCCAGAGAUGGCAGAACUUCCACUUCGAGGCCAACCUUCAGAACAGUAGCUCCCAUUACUGUGCCAUUGCUCGUCUCAGAAUAUCACCGGUUCAUGAAGAUGACCAGAGUCGAUCCAUCUUCCUCAAAGUUCAAAACUCUCAUGGAGCCAAACAGUAGGAGAAAUGGCUUCAUAAUGAUUACUUUUCAGGAUCAAUGUGCCUCUGGGAGAUCUGUUAGGAGUCGGUAGUUCGGAUAUUGGCCAACUACCAGCAUGGGUACUACUUCUUCUUGGAGCGAUUGUAGUUGUACUGGUGCUUAUUGUAUCUGUUAUGUACUGCAUGAGGCAACAGAUGCUAUGUUUUACAGGUAUGUUCUUUGCAUUACCAUAAUUCUGGAGAAAUGUUCCAAGUAUUUUUAUCAAUUUUUACCCAUAACUUUCACUUCAGGCGAGAACAACUCCAACACCGAUUACUCACAAGAUAAUUUCAAACAACCGUAAGUUGCCGGCAAUGCGACCAAAGUAUUGUUUAGACCUCAUGACACCUACAGCGAUGACAUCCAACGAGGAUUGUACGGAAGUUCAACGACCGAGGUAAUGCGACCGUCCCCCCUCACAGACCAGGUGUAUAUGAGCCGAGAGGCCGUUGUCUGAGGCACAUAAGUGAUGUGAAUAUACAACUAUUCCCACCUCCACUCCAUGUUUCUUGUUGGUGUUGUCAUCUUUUAAUUAAUUCUCACCUUUUCUUGCAGCACUUGCCACCAUUUAACAAUUUCGGGUGAUUCUGUAACCUUAUUCUAGAUAUAUGAUGCCGCAUUGCAAGAAGCUUACUCGGAAUGCACGGGGCUUGAUGGUGGAACCAGAGUCUGA